AUGGUUGUGCCCUACAGCGCGUCGGACUGCAAGACGCCGGAGGAGCUGGAUGCCUGGAAGCAGCGACAGCUGGACAUGGUCGACAACUUCAUCCCUGACGCGUGGCAGAAGAACGUCAAGGACAAUGUGGAGGAGGACUUCAAGAAGAACCAGCAGCGUCUGGCCGGCGCCGUGCCCGACGCGGACGCCGACACGCCGGUGGACGACAAGUCGGCGCCGCAGGCGUCGAACGACCAGCGCCGCGUCGAACGGGGGCUCUGA